AUGCAGUUCUUCACCGUCCUUCUAGUGUUCGGGGUUGUGGCGGUGUGUGCAGUUGCUAGUGCUAGAGACCUCCGCAGCGAGCAGCCGCGCCCAUUAACAGGUACCGAUACCGAGGACGUACGACCAUUGGAAGAUGAAUCGAACAGCCUCGCGACGGAUGGAUACGACGUGUACCCCGGCCAGUUUCCUUACCACGCACGGCUCUUCAUUACGGCCGAAAAUAUCUCGUACACCAUCCUUUCUUCCGGAUCGCUCAUCACACCGAACUACAUCCUAACGCACGCGGAUGCGCUGUACACCAGCACGACCAACUACAACAAUACGUACGGGUAUGCGGUGUUGGGUUUCAGCUCCGGCGCUGAUCAAGAACGAGAGCAGCGCAUCAACUUCAACGAAGGCGGAAUCAACGUGCACCCACAGUACGUGGGAUCGCUGUACGAUAUUGCAACAAUUCGUCUGGAGCAUCCGGUAACGUUCACCGCAUUUGUGCAGCCGAUCCGUUUGCCCAGAAUGUCCGACGAUCGGACGUACAGGUGGAUGGAGGGCACAACCGUUGGCAACCAGUACAACGGCACUUUGCGAUAUUUGCGCAAUCAGGUGUUGGAGAACGAGCAGUGCCAGGAGUUGCAUCCGCAUGCAUACAUUAACGCUCAGCACAUCUGUACGAACACUUACAUCGGGGGAGCGUUCUGCAACAGUAUGUACGGGGCAGGAUUGGUCGUGGAGGAUGCCGGUGGUCCCGUGCUGGUUGGCAUUACGAAUUUGAUCUAUUGGUGCGGAACGAACUAUCCGAUCGUGUACGAGCGAGUGUCGGAACUGCGCGACUGGAUUGCCGCGAACUCGGACUAUGUGUUCGAUUAUUAG